AUGGCUGAUCAUGUUGCAGCUGUUCGUCGAAAUAUGACUCUUUUAGUUCACUAUGGUUCUGAUGUCACCGAGAUUGAAUUUAUAAAUGUUGCACCUGAGAUUAGAAUAUAUUCAACAGAUUUGUCUGUCCUUAAUCCUUUGGGGAGCCCACAAAUCAAGAGAGGGUCCGGAUGCGUCUGGACUCGGAAAGUGAUCUUGACCAUCAUCCAAACACCCACUGUUCCUGGAGACUAUGUCGUGGUCGUCGGACCAAAAACAAAGUUUACAGUCAAUUAUUCAUUGACCACUUUUCCAUUUAACAUUUGGACAACAUCUGCAGAAUUUGAAAUUCCAGUUUUAGGGGAUGAAGCAAAUUGGAAAAAGUAUAUUAUUAUUAUAAUGAUAUCGUUAUCAUGUAGAGAAGGUUCUUUAGUGUGUCCAAUAUAUCCUAGAGAAUAA